UGGAGGAAUGUUGUCCGCGGGGUCACAAAGAGUCAAACACAACUUAGCAACUGAACAACAGCAAAGUCCAAUUCUAUUCAGGGACUUUAAACUGUGGAGGAUUUCGAAAAAGUUGCUGUAUUUAAAGAGAGUGGGAAUAAAAGGAGUGAGAGGGGUUGUUGAAGGUUUCCCCCCCCAAGUUAGUGUUUUAGAUGUAGGAACCGAUGGGGGCCUGUGUGAUCCUAGAUCAGUUUGGUUCCUCUGUGCCUUGGUGGGGCUUUUCUUCCUUCUUCCGGGCACAAUUGAGAAAAGGGUCUGAGACUCUCCAACAGAACACGAACUUUUCAUGAGGAUCCCGGCAGCAGCCAGGCGGGCGGCAGAAAGAAAAAUCUUUUCGUCGAGGUUCCGAAGCUCAGUCGGCUUUCUGUUCCAGGAAGUGAGUGACGUAAUGAGCCUUGGCCGGAAAUUACAACUGUCCCUGCCCAGUCCUGUAUGUUUGCCAGUGCAUUCCCAGAAGGCCUGAUAAUUACUACUUCUCUGGAGAUGCGGGUUUUUCCCUGCUGUUUUUUUCUCUCUCUCUCUUAUGCUGAAACUGGCUUGCUGUGCCUCACUCCUCACACACAAAUACUUGUUUUGGUUCUUUGAAAAUACUUUAAGUGUAAUCUGCUCUUCUUUUUCCUUCAGGAUUCUUUCCAGCAUUUUGGACUCCCAGAUUAGGUUUUUCUUUUUUAAUUAGAGGCGAGUUGGGAGGGAGAAAAAGCAAAGUACUUUUUAAAGAAUUAAAACUGGAUAUUUUGUUAAUCAGCUUUUUUGUUUGUUCAAAAUAAAUAUUGGUUGCCUUUUAAGGGAAAAGCUAUCCCAAGGCGAUCUUCAACAAUAAAAACAUUUAGUAUUUAUGUUUAUAUUGUAACUAUAGUGUUUCUUUAUAACUAAUGUUAAGGGUUGAAUCCAGGGAUAUAUCCCACUGACAGAACGGCUUCUACUGUUGGAAGCAAGAGAGGUCACUUCCCCCUCCUUUCCACAGGCCCUCCUUUACUGUCAUGUCCUCUGAGCUUGUUUCACAGGGUCUGAAACCUUCCAAAGCUUAUUCUCAGGGGAUACAGCGAACUUACUGGGGCAGGAAGACUAGGAUAUGCCCAAUAGGGUAACCUUGGCUUCAGCCCUAAAUCUGGGUAUAGACACAUUAGCCAUAUUGGUCAUCUCUGACCCCAGUCAUUGUCACUGUCUGAAUUAAAUGAAGCUUUUUGGUGUAAGUGAGCCCAUUUGAAAAUCAUUUUUCACCCGCUGGAACUACAUGGUUCUAUCUUACCUGGGAACUACUGGAUCUUCUCUCAGAUAUGGGCACAUCGUUUCUGUGUAGCACUAGUGUGAGGACUCUGUCCCUAUACUUAACCUUGCAAAACUUCCUUUGGGGCUGGUCGUAGGAGAGGCUGUAUGGGGGGACACCGGUUUACUCUACAGGUAAGUAGAGAAGAGCAUGUAGAACGUAUGUGGUAUAACAGAUGCCAGGUCUUGGAAUAUUUUUCACAAUUUUAAUGUUAGAAGAAUUAGCUUCACAGGCUUAUAACUUAGCAAAGGUUGGUUGGUGAGAUUGGUGCUCUUUGUAAGGAAACAUGAGAAAAGUUAUCAAUGGAAAACUUGAUUUUUAUCUUGCUGAUCUAAGUAAUCAGUCGGUUCCCUAUGCAUUGGAAAACCACAGUGGUCUGUUUUCAAUUCCUUCAGACAGUUUUGCUUUGGCAGUAUUGAUACAAAUGUUAAUUUACAGUGCCGUUUUUCCUUAGGUGGCCAUGGCUACAGGGCAGGUGCUGUUCCAGCGUUUCUUCUAUACAAAAUCGUUUGUGAAGCAUUCCAUGGAGCACGUGUCAAUGGCUUGUGUUCACUUGGCCUCCAAAAUCGAAGAAGCACCAAGGCGCAUCAGGGACGUCAUUAACGUAUUCCACAGACUUCGCUUUCUGAGAGAGAAAAAGAAGCCGGUACCUCUAAUACUGGAUCAGGAUUAUGUUAACUUGAAGAACCAAAUCAUAAAAGCCGAGAGGAGAGUCCUGAAGGAACUGGGAUUCUGUGUGCACGUGAAGCAUCCUCACAAGAUAAUCGUUAUGUACCUUCAGGUAUUAGAAUGUGAACGUAGUCAACACCUGGUCCAGACCUCAUGGAACUACAUGAACGACAGCCUGCGGACAGACGUCUUUGUGAGGUUCCACCCGGAAAGCAUUGCCUGUGCCUGCAUUUAUCUUGCUGCUAGAACCCUUCAGAUUCCUCUUCCCAAUCGCCCCCACUGGUUUCUACUCUUUGGAGCCACAGAGGAGGAAAUUCAGGAGAUCUGUAUGAAGAUUUUACAACUAUACACACGGAAAAAGGUCGAUUUGGCGAUCCUAGAAGGGCGAGUAGAAAAGAAGAAGCUGGCCAUUGAAGAAGCAAAAGCACAAGCCAAGGGCCUUCUAGCAGACGGGAAGCCCAGUCUGGACGCUGUGUCGGGGUUCUCCCCUGUCCCCAAAACCGAAUCUCCAAAAGAAAGCAAAGGAACCAAACCUUCCCCGCUUGCCAUGCAAGUGAUAAAAAACGCCAAGAGGAAAACAGAAGGGAUAAAGAAGGUGAAAUCCAACAGUCCCAUUAACGGCAUUCAGAAAGGCCGGGAGAGCAGGAGCCGGAGUGGGAGCAGGGAGCAGAGCUACUCCAGAUCGCCCUCUCGGUCUCCAUCUGCCAAGCAGAGGAAGAGCGAGAGCUACUCCCCGUCAAGCAGCUCCAAGUCCCACAGCCGCUCCCGGAGCCGCAGCGACUCCCCGCCACGGCAGCUCAGCCACAGCGGCUGCAGCUACCGCUACAAAGGCUCCAAGACGCGGAGCUGCCAGAAGGCCAAGGGCUACAAGUCCUCCUCCCCCAAGCAGCCGCGGGCCCGCAGCCGGAGCUCGUCACGGUCCCGCAGCCGCUCGCGGGAGCGCUCCGACCGCUCGGGCAAGUACAAGAAGAAGAGCCACUACUACCGGGAGCAGCGGCCCGAGCGCCCGCACUCCUACGAGCGGCCCGGCCACCGCUACGAGCGGGAGCACCCCAGCCACAGCCGGCACCGGAGAUGAGGCCGUGCCCAGCGGCGCGGCGCCCCGUCGCCGGGCCCCGAGGGGGGCCUCGCGGACCGGACCCCGACUGCUGUAGGCCUGCUUGGCAGGCUCCGGAGAGGGGGCGGCGGGGGCGCGUGUCCGGGCUGCUUUUCCGACCUCUGCUCCGACUGAGACUGGCGCCGCCUCGUCGGCGCUGGAGAAGCACGACUGCAUCCAGGACACCGGCGGGUCCUGCGGAGCGGAUCGCCCCGUGAGGCCGCAAGGAGAGCCGAGACUUCCCCCGGAGCCUCGGACGUUCCCGCCCUGCAGCCUCGCUUGGUGCUAGCAGCUGCCCUUGCUUUCACGUUCCCAGCUCCCGAUGGACUCAAUUGCGUUGUAAUAAAACACAAGGUGAUUUUUUGAUUCUUCGAACCAAUGCCUAUAUUAGGCACGGCCUCUUUGUGUAUAUAUCUAGUGUUGGAACAAGAAGGACAGAGAAGGCCUUAACCCUUUAAAGUGCAAAUGCAUUUAAUUAAACUGCGGGGGGGGGACUUGAAACCCACUCGAUACGGAGAGCUUAAAUUUCCUUGACUGAUGAGUCCCCCCCCCUUUAAUUUAGGGUCAGGUUAUUUCCUGUUUUCAUUUUUUGCAUAAAGAACUCUGUGGAAAUGUGAAAAGUAUUUAGAUUCCGUGUGUUGGAAGUGGUCUAUUUUUUAAAACUGGUGGAAUGCCUGGUGCAGGCCACCAGCUCAGGAGGUUGGGGUGCUUUCAUAUAAUAUAACGUUUUAUGUGGUUUAGAUAAACUCUCUACUCAGGUUCUUUAAAAACUCUGAACUGAUAGUUGGCCCGCCUGUUGCUUGCAGAAAUGAAGGUGUUUAUAUUAAGAGAGAAAUGUAUAACAGCCCAGGAAUAUCCGUUUUAGUGGUAUAUCUGUGCUGUCUUCUUGUUCCUUGAUUUCAUUAAAGUAUUUGAUUUUGUAUUUAAA